GUGAAGAUGGAGGUGCACAUGCAAGUAUUUUCACCUGUGUUUGAUCCAAAAUAACAAACCUGCCAAAUAUUGAACAGUUUGUAGGAUUGUAAGGGACAAUGUUGAGAUUCAGCGUGUAUUUGUGCAUGCUGUGGUUGCUUUUUGCAGACACCGUCUCCAGCGAGGACAUCAGUGGAUGUGAACAGCAGCCAUGCCAAAACGGUGGUGUAUGUGAGAGCCACAAUGGAGGAUUCAGAUGCCUUUGCGCCUCUCAGAGCCAAAACGGGCAGCUGUAUGGUGGACAGAAUUGCACAGUUGCACUUACAGGCUGUAAUGAGAACCAGUGUGAAAAUGGAGGAGUGUGUUCUCCCUUAUUUGUGAACGAUCACCACAGUUACACAUGCAUCUGCCCUGCUGGCUUCACGAGCCCUAAAUGCCAGACUCCUACUGUUUUCUCAUUUGAGUCCAGAGGCUAUGUGUACAUACAGACGCCGCUCCUAGACCAAGAAGCUCCUCUUAACGUCACCUUCAGCUUCAGGACGGAACAACUGGUUGGCACCCUCUUACAACGCAGGGUGGACGAUCUGCUCUUCAGCAUCGAGCUGAUGCACGGGCAUCUCUGCCUCCUCAGCCUGAGAGGCCAAGGCUCCAGCACAUUGGUUCAAGAGCUUCCAGGAUAUUUGUCUGACAGCAAGUGGCACACAGUGGAAGCAUCUCUGGGUGGCGUGAUCAGUCUCAUCAGGCUGCUAUGCACUGAAGGAAGCUGCACCAGAGAGUCCAAUGCUGAAGUCCAGCUGCUUGAACAGGCCUCCUCUCUCCCUGAGCCCGAAGCAGUUCGUCACAGCCUCUUCAUUGGAGCAAUCAGUGGGAACUGGACACUGGGCAGGGCAGUGGAGGAAGCAGACUACCCUCCUGCUUUUCUGGGCUGCUUCAGAGAUGUGUUUGUAGACUCACGGCUGUUAUUGCCGGUUAUAGCGCCAGAAGGUUCACACAUCCAGGCGAACAUCACUGUGGGGUGCAGCGACAAAGACAAGUGUGACGACAGCCCGUGUCAGAACCGAGGCCGCUGUGUUAGCCAAGGCUGGAGGGGUUACCUUUGUGAGUGCCACAGGCCAUAUGAGGGAAACAACUGUGCAGAGGAGUACAUCACAGCCAGGUUUGGAAACAAAGACCUCGAGAGCUAUGCUGUGUUCUCAUUGGAUGAUGACCCAGGUGAUACUGUGAUCAUAUCCAUGUUCAUCCGCACCAGACAGUCCAGUGGUCUGCUCCUUAUCAUGACUAACACCACAAGCCAGUACCUCCGCCUGUGGUUGGAAGUGGGUAUGAUCAAAGUUCAGGUCAACAACUUUGAGACCCUGGUCGGUCGGGCUGUGAUCAAUGACGGCCAUUUCCACCUGGUGACUCUGAAACUGGAAGGAGUGGUAGCCACCUUGUUCCAGUCAGCCCAAAGCCAGGGCUUUAUACCCAUCAGGCUCAUCCAGGUCCAUCCUGGGGAUAUGGUUUAUGUCGGGGGGCUACCAGACUCAAGGGCAUCGGCUUCUUUUGGCGGGUACUUCAAGGGAUGCAUCCAGGAUCUGAGGAUUAACAACAAAAGACUGCAGUUCUAUCCAAUAUCAACUCCGGUAGAAUCGUACAACCUGGAACAACUCAUCAGCGUUGCAGAAGGAUGCAGCAGCGACAACGCCUGUGCUGUGAACCCCUGUCUUAACGGGGGAGUGUGUUACUCCAUGUGGGAUGAUUUCAUUUGCAACUGCCCCCCCAACACUGCAGGGCGGCGCUGUGAGGAGGUGAAAUGGUGCGAGCUGUCUCCCUGCCCAGCUGCUGCAAUGUGUCAGCCCCUCUCUCAGGGUUUUGAAUGCUUGUCUAAUGUGACAUUUCGGCUUGGAAGCAGCAUUCCACAAUACCGGAGCAAUGGAAAGAUUAAGCGCAGCCUGACCAGUGUCUCCCUCAGCUUCCGCUCAAGACGGCUUGCUGCCACAUUACUGCAUGCACACAAGGACUCAAACUACCUGACGGUCUCUCUCCUGAACUCUCAUGUGGUCAUGGAUCUCCAGGUUGGGGGUGACAAGGACAACGUGUCUAUUCAAAGCCAGACUCAGUUCAGUGAUGGAAAGUGGCACACUGUGAAGCUCAGCUUGGAAACCCAGGCAUCGACCUCCAGUUGGAUCAUGGUCGUGGAUGGAGGAAAGGAGGCCAUUAGCAUGCCCAAAACAGCUGUGGGUGACCUGGAGUUUCUCAGCAAGGAAGCGGACAUCUUCCUGGGUGGUCUAAGCCUGAAUGCUGGAGUGGAUCUGUCUGGCUGUCUGGGUCCUGUCGAGAUUGGGGGGCUUCUUCUCCCUUUCCACCCCGAUACAGAGCUGAACCUGCCCAGACCUCAGGAGGAGCAGUUUUUGAGGAUAAACAGCAAUGCUCCCCUGCUGUACGGCUGCUGGGGAGCCAGUGUUUGCACACCUAACCCUUGCAGGAACGAGGGUGUCUGCGAGGACCUGUUUGACCUGCAUCAGUGCACGUGUUCCUCCGAGUGGACGGGCCACCUGUGUCAAGACUCGACAGACCCCUGCAUCUCCGGGCCCUGUCUCUACGGCAACUGUGUCAGCCUACCUGGAGGGUAUAAGUGUGCGUGUGAGCAGGGGUACAGCGGCGAGCAAUGUGAGGUAGAAGUCGAUAUGUGUGAAAAAAGCAAUUGCAGCCACGGCGCCACGUGCCUCAAAGGCUUCCAGACGUACUCCUGUCUAUGCCCUCAAAAUAUGACCGGCCAGUACUGCGACGAGAAACUCCCUGAAAUCCCAUGGUACAUCGAGACCAAUCCACUUCCUCGGUUGCCCGUGUCUACAUGCACGGGUACACGGUGGAACUACAGCUGCUUUAAUGGAGGAAGCUGCUCCGAGGCUGAUGAUGCUUGUUACUGCCUGCCUGGCUUCGCGGGACAAUGGUGUGAGAAGGACGUGGAUGAAUGUGCCUCUGACCCCUGUAUGAACGGAGGUUUCUGUGUCAACUAUGUGAACAGUUUUGAGUGCGUGUGCGACAUGAAUUACUCGGGGAUUCACUGCCAAAUAGACGUCAGCGACUUCUACUUGUACCUCUUCCUGGGCCUGUGGCAGAACCUCUUCCAGCUCGUGUCCUACCUCGUGAUUCGUCUCGACGACGAGCCAGAAAUUGAGUGGGGGUUCCAGAUCAACGAUUAGACCCUCUUUAUGAUGAAUAAAAUCAGACCUAGCUCGAUGUGAAGGGUUAAUCAGUCACAACAGCACAUCUACUGGAGGAGAUCUGCAACACCUUUGGGCUGUAUGAAUCAGUUUUAUCUCUUCCUGUGGGAACAUACAUGUCCACAGACAUUGCGAGCAAAUAUAUCUACCUACAUAGUCUCCGUGGUAAGGGGAAACUGUUCUCCUUUGUGGCCUCUUGUGAUUUAGGUUGAUAAACCAGGUGUAUCUGCAUUAAUCUACAUAAUACCUGCAGUAUUUAAGUGGUCCGUGUUGCAGAUACACAGCUCUUGGUUUCAGUGUGCACUCGUAAACAUGAGACUUUUAUGAAUGUUUGAAUUUUUUAUGAAGACAAUUUUUUUUAAAUCUCAGCUUUACAACGAGCUGCUAACGAGGAACAGUGGCUGUUGAUAUACGUUACGUAUUCGUGUAAUGUAUUGACAGGGUCAGCAAUAGAGAUGUGUCUGUUGUGAACAGGUUUAUUUGGUUAUGUUGAACAAUACAUACUCCAUCGUGUUUUUGACAGUGUGUGAAUCUGGUUCUAAUACUGAAAACUACACUUUAGAGAGCUCUGUGUGUGCCUUAAAUAUCCACUUUUUGAUCUGUGCGACAGCUUUUCUCUCACUGGGUUUUGUAACUGUUCCUCGCAUAGUUAUAAUCAAGUGGAUGAAACUGAAAUUACAAUAUAUGUAUCUAAGACGUAUUUACAAAUAUUUAUGUAACGUAAUAUAAAAUAAGUUGUCCUGCAUACAGUAUCUGAUCUUGAAAGGGAACCCAUUAUGCUUUUCCUUCAUUUCUCAAACAUAGCAUCUACAAUUGUGGAUGCUCAUGUUAAACAUGGAUAGAGACUGAACUGGUGAGGUCAGCAAAUGCAAACGUGAGUUAAACACUCACUUUUAUGCAUUUUUUUUUCUUUUGGCACUGUGUGAUGUGAUAUGCCUAAUAUGACUAUCAGGCACACCUGACGGGCUGCAAAAGGUCCAAUAUGUGAUUAAAAAAAGGAUCAUACUGAAAUAUGAAUCAUGCAAACCUACUCUGAGUCACAGGAAAAAAACAUGUGGAUGGAAAUGAGCAUUAAAGGUCUCUUUUAGGAGAAACAAAUAUAAAUAAAUGUGAAAUGUUUGGAA